AGGCGGGGCGGGGCCGCCAAGAUGGCGUACCAGACGUUCCGGCAGGAGUACCUGCAGGUGCCGCCCGUGACCCGGGCCUACACCACCGCCUGCGUCCUCACCACCGCCGCCGUGCAAUUAGAACUUAUCACGCCCUUCCAGCUGUAUUUCAACCCUGAGUUAAUAUUUAAACACUUUCAAAUAUGGAGGUUAAUCACAAACUACUUGUUCUUUGGACCAGUUGGCUUUAACUUUUUAUUUAACAUGAUCUUUUUAUACCGCUACUGCCGCAUGCUCGAGGAAGGCUCUUUCCGGGGUCGCACGGCAGAUUUUGUAUUUAUGUUCCUUUUUGGAGGACUUUUAAUGACUCUUUUUGGGCUCUUUGUGAACCUGGUGUUCCUGGGGCAGGCGUUCACCAUCAUGCUGGUGUACGUGUGGAGCCGCAGGAACCCCUACGUCCGCAUGAACUUCUUUGGGCUCCUCAUCUUCCAAGCCCCUUUCCUGCCCUGGGUACUGAUGGGCUUUUCUCUGCUCUUGGGGAACUCCAUCAUUGUGGAUCUCCUGGGCAUUGCUGUUGGGCAUAUAUAUUUUUUCUUAGAGGAUGUCUUUCCCAAUCAGCCUGGUGGUGGGAGGCUCCUGAGAACACCGUCUGUCCUGAAAGCAAUAUUUGACACCCCAGAGGAUGACCCCAACUACAACCCCUUGCCCGAGGAGCGGCCGGGGGGCUUUGCCUGGGGAGAGGGGCAGCGCCUCGGGGGUUAACCAGGGCCAUGGGGGCUCCUCCCCAGCACACAGAGGACUCUGACAGCCCUAUGGUUUGGAACACAAGCACUUUAUGAAAUGCAGUCUCACCCGAGGCACUCCCAGCACCCUUCCCAAUCAGGGAAUUCAUUGUGCUGGACAUCAUCUAAAUCCAGUGGAGCCAAAAAUGUAAAAACUGGAAACUGUUUCCUGUUAACUUCAGUUAACAAGGCCACACAAGUACUUGUUUAAAGUGAUUUCUAAAGCAUUUUUUUCAAGUUAUUUGAUACAUGAAACUCCAUGGGAAGCUUUAUAGAGGACAAACCCAACUUUUUGGGAUUUAAUUCAUUUUUUUAUUCUUGGAUAAAACAACUGCAAGAUGAUUGAAAGGCUAAGUCACUAUUUCAAUGGCAAAAGGUUGUUUAAUCUGAGGUGCUGCUGUCUCCAGUCAUCUUUGAACUGCAGGGAACACAACAUGCAGCUUUUCACUCUGCCAGUUGGAUUUUUGGAAUGUUCUGAAAGCCGAGGCUACAUUUUGGUGGUUUUUUCCCCCAAAGACUCUGUGUUCAGGUGCCCACAGUGGUGGAUGAAUAGGUGUGCCUGCCAAAUCCACCCCCAUGUGCCCUCUGCUGAUACUGGAUGACCUGCAGCACUAGAGAAAGAAAUUUGUCUGGACUCAAAAAAUGAUGAUGGGUUGAAUAAAAUGUCUUGUGGAUCCUU